AAGGGGAGGAGAUUUUAAUGGCCAGCGAGUGAAAAAGGUGGUGUGGGGCAAUUAGAGUCUGACUGGAGCUCAGAGCCGGACUGGGAACUCUCCGUGCAAACUUCAUGCAUGCUCUUUCUGAUUUUUAAAGAUUUUGAAUUGAACUUUUUAUUUCUUUUUCCCCAGUGAUCAACCAGUUUUUUUUAACAGCAACUUUUUAAGUCAGGAAGAGUGAAUUCUUUUACAUAUUCUGACAUCUUGCCUGAGUUGAUAAUUAAUAUACGCUUUUUGCAGUUUGGACGUUUUCUUUUCUUCACUUGUGCCGUGCCUCAGGGGCCUUUUUCAUUACUAAGCACAAUCUUCAUCAGGUUACAGUCGGCUGCGGAGCUACGUGACUCCUCUCACUCCCACCAAACAGGGAGCAAAUGACUUGGGAAUUCCCAAUCAGCUUCUUUUUUUACUCUCCUGAGUGAUCUGAACUACCUUUGGGAAUUUUAGUCGGAUUUGUUUUUCCCCUCCUGGGUUUGUUUAAAAGCCAUCAUUUCUCAGCACACAGAAACCACGAAAUGAAAGCCAGUUAUGUCAUCCAGACUGCCGUCGCCAUCUAUCUGCUCCUCUCACCUGUGCAGAACGUGCCUGUGUCAAGAACAAACAGCACAAGUGAAGUGCUAAUGUUCCAAGAGGUGUGGGGUCGCAGCUUCUGCCGAACCAUUGAGAAGCUGGUUGAGGUUGUGCAGGAGUACCCGACGGAAGUGGAGCACAUCUACAGCCCGUCUUGCGUGCCUCUGGUCAGGUGUGCCGGCUGCUGCGGGGAUGAGAAAUUAGAGUGCCAUCCAACUCAGACUACAAAUGUCACCAUGCAGCUGUUGAAAAUCAGACCAUCAAAGCCAGGUCAAGAAUAUGUUGAGAUGACAUUUGUGGAACACCUGACAUGUGAAUGUAGAGUCAGGAAACCUUUAGUGAAAGUUGAAAGGAAAAGGCAAAGAGGAAAAGGAAGGAAGAGAAAACAGAGACAAAAAACAAAAGACUGUGACAGGUGUCAAAUCCCUCGCAGGACUGUGUUUGCGACCAGAAACUCAAACAGCUGGGUUGAUAUGCCGACAAGCUGUCCUGCAGAUGGACAGGAUAUUUGUGAUGACAAGGUUCAAGAGGAUCAAGCUUUGACUGAUGGAAACACUCUCUGUUAAACGCCUAACGCAAGGGACAGCCCUGGGAGCCAAUGCAAUGUAGAAAGGGAACAGAUUGAUGUUUUCAUUUAUACUGUCAGUUAUUUUUCAUGUGUUUACUUCUAAUGGUGUUUAAAGGAGGUUACACUUGUUGAAAUUCUGUAUUUAUUGUUAGAGCAGUAAACUUUAAAAUAUAUAUAUAUUACUGAAACAUCAUUUAGAACACCCCCCACUUGUUCUGUUUAUGUUGGACUGAAUGCACAGCGAUGGUGAAAUGUCUCCCUCUGGUGUUAAAAGAUGAACAUGGUCAACAAAGAAAUGUGAUUUAUUUUUUUUAGGAGACAUGAUUAAAAAAUACACUGCUCACAAAAAUUAAAGGAACACUUUAAAGAAACACAUUAGAUACAUCAGAUCUCAAUAUGAAGUUGGAUAUCCAUACAAAUAACGACAGGGCAAUUUCUUAGGAACAAAAGGAUGCCAAGUCUUUUAAUGGAAAUAAAAGUUAUCAGCCUACAGUGGGCUCAAUUGUGUAAACACCCUAAAAUUGGAGUGCAAUGAAGAUGUGGCAGGCUAGUCCAUUAUUUCAAAAACUUAAUUUCUGCAACUCAAAUUGCUUUUCAGUAUCUGUGUGGCCCCCACGAGCUCGUGUGCAUGCUUGACAAUGUCGGGGCAUGCUCCUAAUGAGACAACAGAUGUUGUCUUGUGGCAUUUCCUCCCAGAUCUGUGUGAGGGCAUCCCGGAGCUCUUGUACAGUCUGAGGAGCAACCUGGCGCCGCCUAAUGGACCGAAACAUAAUGUCCCACAGAUGUUCUAUUGGGUUUAAGUCAGGGGAUCGUGAAGGCCAUUCAAUUGUUUCAAUUCCUUCAUCCUCCAGGUACUGCCUGCAUACUCUUGCCACAUGAGGCCGGGCAUUGUGGUGCAUUAGGAGAAAACCAGGACCUACUGCAUCAGCGUAGGGUCUGACAAAGGGUUCAAGGAUUUCAUCUCGAUACCUUAUGGCACUCAAAGCACCAUUUAGUAGAGGUCUGUGCGUCCCUCCAUGGAUAUGCCUCCCCAGACCAUCACUGACCCACCAUGUCAUGUUGAACAACGUUGCAGGCAGCAUAACGUUCUCCUUGUCUUCUCCAGACUCUUUCACGUCUAUCACAGGUGCUCAGGGUGAACCUGCUCUCGUCUGUAAAAAGUACAGGGCGCCAGUGGCGGACUUGCCAAUUCUGGUGUUCUUGAGAAAAUGCCAGUCGAGCUCUACGGUGCUGAGCAGUGAGCACAGGGCCCACUACAAGACGUCGGGCCCUCAGGCCAUCUUCAUGAAGUCUGUUCCUGAUUGUUUGGGUAGAGACAUUCACUCCAGUGGCCCUCUGGAGGUCAUUCUGCAGGGCACGAGCGGUGCUCAGCCUGUGCCGCCUUGCACAAAGGAGCAGGUAUCGGUCCUGUUGAUGGGUUGUGGACCUUCUACGGCCCUGUCCAGCUCUCCGAGAAUAACCACCAGUCUCCUCCAUGUUCUGGAGAUUGUGCUGGGAGACACAUUAAACCUUCUUGCUGCAGCACGUGUGGAUGUGCCAUCCUGGAGAAGUUGGACAACCUGUGCAACUUCUGUAGGGUAAAGGAAUCGCCUCAUACUGCCAGUAGAGAGCCAAAACUAGCACGAGUGGAAAGCCAGAGGAAAAAGAUCUUGAGGGAGAAACUUGAAAUGACCUCUACAUGUUAAACCAGUCCUGUUUUGAGGGUUUUGUAAUUGUUGCCACUUUAGUGCACCUGUUGUAAAGUCCAUGAACACCAAUACAGCUGAAAGUGAGUAACAAUGCCCUCAGCUGCUUAAAUCAACCAGGAAAUUAUCAGACUGGUUUCAUUGAUUUCAUGCCAGGCCCAAUAAAAAAAGUGUUCCUUUAAUUCUUGUGAGGAGUGUAGGAUUAGAUUUAAGGCAGUGUAUAAGAUUUACUAUAAAAACAGCAACAAAAAAAAUGCAGACAAAUAUAUGAAAUCACCGGCUUUCCCUCUGCAUCUGGGAGGAGCUCUCUAGUAAACAUUUAAAUUAGAAAUCAGAGCAUGCAACAUGUAUAACUCCAGCAAGCUUUAGUCAAGCAAAAAUGAUGCCUUGUGAUUAGAAAGUUUAAAGAUACAUAUAAGUCUUCUCUGUGUAGUUACACAGAACUCGCACAAUCCCACUCCGCAGGUGACUUCAUCUGUCUAUUCUUGGAACCACUCCACCAUGGCAAGAAGGAUUGAGUUUAAUAUGACAAAAGAUGUGCUUUAUGUAUUUUUUCAUGUAUAAAACAAAAGGAACUCUAUGAAAAUGUAAAAGUUACUUUGUGACUGUGUUAAUGCUUUUAUUUCAUUUAAAUAUUUAUUUUGUGAUAAAAUUCUCAUGACUGUUA